AUGGAAAUUAAUUGUUUCGUGAAAACUCAGCACAUUCAAGAUGAUUAUUUCGUUUCCCAGUUAUUGUGUUUGGAAAUUCUUGAUGAACUUUCACGAAACAGGUUUUGUGGAGAAUCAGUGACGAAACUUCUAAAUUUUAUCGAAUGUAAACUUGAUGAAUCGGCUGUACAGGGGAAAGAGCAUGAGUUUUAUCGUGUUAUUUUUGGCACGGCUUUCAAAAUUUUCUACGAAUCUGUGAAAGGCGCAACAUGUAAUAAUCUUGUUCUUGAUUCAGCUUUGCAGAUAAUAAACACUACUUUCAAAAAAUUAAAUAUUAAAGACUGCAGAAACUUGAGCUCGUUUUUUCGAUCUAUUAGUUGCAGAUGUAUUAUACUUGCGGAUAGUCAAAUUAAUAAUGUAGUUACAGUUGGAAGAAUAGUAACAUAUCUGGCACACUAUGUUGAUUAUAUGUUUGAGGAAGAGAUGAACAGAAAAGAUUUGUUUGCUAAGCAGUAUAGUAGUGAACUCGCACUUUUGAUCUCAUUCUUCAUCUCAGAGUUCUGCCUAAAAACGACUGAUUUAUCGUUAAGGAUUAUGGCAGGAAAUGCAUUACUCAAACUUACUAAGCCAUGUCAUGAGUCAUCGUGCACGGUGAGAUUAUUCCUUCCUGGUAUUUGUAGUCGAAUGAACAACAUUGCUUGUUUGGAAUUGAAUACGAAAAUCAUAAUUACAGCUCUGAAGGUUUUGGAAUCUACAGUAAUAACUUGUUUUGGCAAUUCGUGGAUCCGUGAUCGAAAUGAAGCACAAGCCUUAUAUUCUGCCUCAAAGAAAGGGAAAUUUGCUAGAAAUAUUUCACGAGAUGAUACAAGCAGUAUUGAUAACAUCGACAUGAAUUUAAAAAAUUUGCUGACUUUGGUAUGA